CUGCCCUUCCCGGCAGUGUGUCUGUGGGCAGGACGGUGUAAUGAGCUGAAGAAUCCCCAGUGUGUUAUCAUCAUGUGUGAGCAUUUCGGAGGGUGAGCAGCUAUUCAUGCUGUGUGGUGGUUUUAGAUUAGAUCUAGAUUUUAGAUCUGUGUUUUUUGUUACAUGUUUUGAAUUCCCCGUAUUUGUAGCUCCUCGGACAGUCAAACAGGAGUUUCGUGGUAGCACAAUGACACUUUUAUAAUUUUGUACUGGAGCAGCGAGAAAUGUGCGGCAGAAAGGCUGCCUCUAGUGUCGUCUAAAAGCAUCCGGCAGAGUCGGGAGCGGACAUUUUUUACAGAAGCGAAGAGUAGGCCUACCGGGAGACGCAACAUGUUUGAAGGAGCAGGGAUCCCUCUCAUCGGGAUGGACAUUGCCUGUCUGAUCCUCGUUGGCCUUCCAUUUUUUAUCCUGACCCCUCAACACAACCCUUUUAAAAGGGGUUUCUUCUGUAACGAUGAGUCCAUCAGAUACCCUCUAAAAGAGGAUACCAUCUCCUACCAGCUGCUGGGAGGAGUCAUGAUCCCCUUCACUCUUAUCGUGAUCGUCUGUGGCGAGUGCCUUUCUGUUUACAUGUCCCGCAUCAAGAACCAGUCUUUGGGGACUAAGUAUGUGGCGUGUGUGUAUAAAGCUGUUGGGAGCUACGUGUUUGGAGCUGCUGCGAGCCAGUCUCUGACAGACAUCGCAAAGUACUCCAUCGGCCGCCUUCGGCCAUACUUCCUGGCUGUGUGCAAACCAAACUGGAAUAACAUUAACUGCAAACCUGGGGGAUACAUUGAGAACUUCACCUGCACUGGAGAAACAGUUCUGGUAGAUGAAGCCAGACUGUCCUUCUUCUCAGGUCAUUCAUCCUUCUCUAUGUACUGCAUGCUGUUCCUUGUACUGUAUGUUCAAGCCAGACUGAGGUCAGAAUGGUCGAGGCUUCUGCGUCCCACCAUCCAAUUCUUCCUGAUUUCCACUGCUGUGUAUGUGGGUCUGUCCCGGGUGUCGGACUACAAACAUCACUGGAGUGAUGUGUUCGCUGGCCUCCUGCAGGGAGGGGUAGUGGCUACUCUCACAGUGGUCUGCGUGUCUAAUUUCUUUGAACAGCCAGUGGGCCCGGUGGUGUGCCAGGAGGAAGAAGCCACACACACCAGUUUACAGGAAUACCCUGCUAAUGGAAACCACUAUGGCAGCACUUAGUGACUGAGGCCUCAAAAGACAAUACUCUAUGUGGCCUUUAUUCCUUGAAAUGAUCACUGAGGUUCUACAUUGGAUCAGUAAACUGCAAGCGUUUGAUGUUCACUGCUGGUUUCUGUGCAUUUCACAAACACAGUUUAUCUGUGGAGCCCACACUGCAGGCUCUAGCUGCUUCUUUCAGUGUGGUCUUUAAACUUUGCAAAGUGCACGAGAGCGGACAGCUCUUGCACUUUACUAAAAGUAGCCAACUUUCUGCCGAGUUUUGGGGUAAAUCAAACGUAAAACAGUUGAAUGACAAAACAAAAUACAGCAUGUUGGGUUUAUUUUAGAGAAGGUGACUUUUUACAGUGUGAGCUUGUAUGAAAUGUGGUUUCUAGCGUCUGAUGUUGCCAUCAUGAAUGAAUGAAAUUCUUUUUGCCCAGAAUAUAAUGAGUGUCUGUAUGCGCUCUGCAAGCAGGCUUGUAGGGGUCUGGCACCUUUUGAACAAGAAAACCUGGAUUGUCAACUCCAGGAACUGCAAAUGGAGACUGGACUCAGAAAUAAUAUAUAUUUUAUGUUGAUUUUGGCCUUAGUCAGAUUGCUGCUACCUGCUGUCAUGUCCCUUCCCUAAUGUUAUUUCAUGUUAAAAAAAAAUACAAUGCAUUGGUUUUUUUAAAGUUUGUAUGAAGAUGGUUUUAUGUUUUGUCCACAUAGACGCUUCAAACUGUUUUGUUAAAAGCAGAACUGUGGAAAAUGUUUGAAAAAAUAAAGAGAGCUUUGUUUUGCUUAUUUGUUA